AUGGACAUCGAUCACGUGAAAUUUGAGAAAGCGAACGCAAUUUCAAGGUAUCGUCGGUGUUUACAGAUUUCGAAAUUGUUGCAAAUGCUUGAGAUAGUCGUGGCUUUAAGUUUGAUCGCCUGGUCGUCGACUCGGAUUCCGGCUGUUUUCAAAGUCUCCGGUGAGUAUCUCCUAGAAGUCUCCGCCUACUUCCUCAAACCUCAUGCUGUGUUUUUGAUCGGAAACGCCAUUAUCGUCGCGCUUGUUGUGAUUUCCCGCCAAAACUACGGCUCGAAAUACACCGGCGAAGCUGCGGAUAUCUAUGAUGAGGAUGUACGUGACAGUGAGAUUCAGGGACUAUUUGCGGCUUCUCCCGACGGUGAAACAUCCCUAUCUUCGCCGCCGCCGCCAGAGACGGAGGAGUGUGCCGAUAGCAACCACCACGACAAGCAGAUCGUGUGCUUGGAAAAUGCUGUUUUCCAACUCCAAUGCGACGCCGUUACUCAUGCUAUAGAGAAGGCUACGAAGCAGAUACAGAAGUUCCAGAGGACUCAAUCUGAGAAGCUGAAGCACGAAAUUUUCAUGAAACCUCGGCGAGAGCUCCGGCGAUCGGAGACAGAGAUACGUGAGUUAGUCGCCUUCCCCGGCGAAAGGUCGACGAUGAUGACGUCACGUUUCACGGUGGACAGUCUGAGCAAUGAGGAGUUUCGGCUUACAAUUGAGUCCUUUAUUGAAAAGCACCGGACGUUAUUCAAAGCACAGAAAUGGGCCGAACAAAACCAUUAAAAAAACAAGUGAAGUGAAAUCUAUGGAGGUAGAGAGAGAAGUG